AUGACGAUGAUGAAGAAGAAAGGUACGACAAUUGCGAAGAUCCGGAUGAAAUCAGAAGAUGAAGAAGAAGAAGAAGAUAUGCAAAACCUGCCACCAAAGAAACGAGGUUUCUCCAGAAUAGAUGAUUCUGUGGAGCUUGAAAUGAAGUCCGUAGAGUUAGCUGUAGGUCAAUGUUAUGACACAAAAGAAGAGUUCGAGACGAGAUUGAAGAUCUACGCGGUUGCCAAUAAAAUGGACUUCGACGUGGGACACUCAACGCCCACGCUAUUGACGGUUAGGUGUUGGGUCGGUGGAUGUAAAUGGAGGGUUCGAGCUUUGACGGUUGGAGAUGGAAGACAGUUCUAUGUCAAAACAUACUACGGUUUGCACACCUGUUCUAUCACGAUGCGUUCUUCACGUGCCCGACAAGCAACUCCUGAGAUAUUAGGACGUCUUUAUAAGGAUUUUGUAGGUGGAACAGGUAAUACAGUUACCCCAAAUCACGUUUCUGAUGCGCUAACCAAACGAUAUGGAAUCAAGGUGGAGUAUUGGAAAGCUUAUCGUGUAUUGAAGUAUGCACGUGAACUAGUGACUGGGAGUUCAGAGGACAGUUACGAGGACAUUCCAUCCUACUUAUACAUGAUUAGACGAGCUAAUCCAGGAACACUCAUCAAGCUCGAAGUGGAUUCGGAAGACAAGUUCAAGUUUAUGUUCCUUGCCUUUAGUGCGAGCAUUCAGGGGUUUCCAUUUAUGCGGGAAGUAGUGGUGGUUGAUGGUACCUUCUUAACAGGUAAAUACAAAGGUACACUACUCAUUGCCACAACGCAAGACGGGAAUUUUAAUAUAUUCCCAAUUGCUUUCGGUAUCGUUGAUACUGAGAAUGAUGAAUCGUGGGAAUGGUUCUUUGCACAACUACAUCGAGUUAUACCUGAUGAUGAAGGACUUGCCAUUAUUUCAGAUAGACAUAGAUCUAUUGGGAAAGCUAUAACAAAAAUUUACCCUCUUGCUUCGCGUGGUAUUUGCACUUAUCAUUUGCACAAGAAUAUAUUGGUCAAAUAUAAAGGUGGAGAAGCUUUUCGCCUUGUCAAGAAAGCAGCAACAACAUAUAGGCUUUCAGAUUUCAAUGUCUUAAUGGCACAGAUUCAGGGGUGUAACCGAGGACUAUAUGACUACUUACAAAAAGCGGAUGUCCAGAUGUGGAGCCGUGUUCAUUUUCCGGGACAGAGGUACAACUUCACUACUAGCAACAUAGCGGAGUCUUUAAAUAAGGUCCUUUCAAAGGUUAGAAGUUACCCAAUUGUGACACUAUUGGAGGAGAUUAGAUCGCUUUUGACUAGGUGGUUUGCCAAAAGGCGCCGAGCUGCAAAUGAUAUGGAGACCGAGCUUACUACUGGUGUUGAGAAAUUGCUAUGGGAAAGGGUCGAUGGAGCAAAGCAACUAGCAGUGCAAGAAAUCGACGACCAUCUUGCACAGGUCACCGGUGGCUCAUCCUUACAUGUUGUCAAUUUGGAAAGGAAAACAUGUACUUGCCGACGGUUUGACAUCGAUAAAAUACCGUGCGUCCAUGCCCUUGCUGCAGCGGAAGCAAAAAAAAUUUCCCGUAUCAGUCUAGCCCACCCUUACUACCGUAGGUCAUACCUUUCGUCGGCAUACGCGGGGACGGUCAUGCCAAGAGAUGUCGCUUUACCUGUACCCGAAGAAGUGGCUAACAAAGUCUGUAAGCCUCCUUUUGUUCGUAAACCACCUGGUAGGCCAAAAAAAUCACGAAUGAAAAUUGCUUUAGAAAUAGCAAUGCAGAAGAAACGUCCAAGGAAAGAGCACAAGUGUUCCAAAUGUGGCCAAGCCGGUCAUAAUCGUGCGACAUGCCCAUCUUGA